GUCCUCACGCUUUGUGUUGCCGUCGUCGUGCACUAUGGCCUCAAGCUCGUUCGCGGUGUGGUGCAUCCGUAUUUCUCCCCUCUCCGGGACGUCCGAGGUCCAAAGGCAAAGAGCUUCUUCAUGGGGAAUAUAAAGGAUAUAUUUGACGCAGAGGAUGGCCAUGUGCAUGAGCAGUGGAGAAAGGAGUACGGCGACGUGUUCAAGUACAAGGGAAUAUUCAACGUCGAUAGGCUUGUGAUGAUCGAUUGCAAGGCUGCGGGACAUAUCCUGUCGCAUUCUCAAAUAUAUGAGAAGCCCGAGCAAAUUCGGUAUUCUCUGGGUCAGGUAUUGGGCCCGGGUGACGCUGUCGCCCGCUCUCCAUCUCAUACUACCCCACACCCAGGCGAGACUCAUAAACGUCAGUUACAGGAUAUCUGGACCGCAGAGAUUAUGAAAGCACACGACGACGACGGUAAGGAGGGCAAGGCGAAAGUCGAUGUGAACGCCUGGUUGAACAAGGUCACGCUGGAUAUCAUCGGUCUUGCGGGAUUCAACUAUGCAUUCCACGCCCUGAACCCCGAAGACACGCCGAAUGAACUACACACGUCGAUCCGGAAGAUGCUGCAAAACCCACAGGGUUUCCGCUCUCCGCUACCGAUUCUGAAGGCCCUAUUCCCGCCUUUGCGCCUCAUCCCCUCCGAACGUGAUCGCACCGUGAGAGCAGCGAGGCAGACCAUGGAGCGCGUGGGACAACAGCUGUUAGCAGAGAAAAAGGCGGCCAAAGGAGCGACAUCGGCAGCAGUAGAGAAGAAGAACAUACAGGGCAGGGACUUGAUGAGUUUGCUCGUUAAGGCUAAUAUGGCGACAGACCUACCAGAGGGGUAUCGGAUGGAUGAUGAGGAAGUCUUGGCCCAGGUUCCAACUUUCCUCGUCGCGGGACAUGAGACCACAAGUACGGCCGUCACAUGGAUCCUGUUUUUUCUCAGCACGAACCCCGGCGUACAAGCCAAACUACGUAGAGAACUUGUCUCGGUGUCGACGGCACUACCUGGGAUGGACGAACUCCAGGUAUUACCCUAUCUCGAUGCAGUGGUUCGGGAAACCCUCAGAGUGUAUUCACCGGUGCCGAGUGUCAUACGGGUAGCGAGUCGGGACGAUGUCAUCCCGAUGGAUAGGACAUGGGUAGAUCGACGAGGGGCAAAAAGAAGUGAGAUGCGGGUGAGCAAAGGCGAUAUGGUGGACGUGCCGAUACUCGCGAUCAAUCGUUCAGAAGAGAUCUGGGGCAAAGAUGCGCAUGAAUUCAGGCCUGAGCGCUGGGAUAGUCCGCCAGAAGCCGCCAACGCUAUCCCUGGUAUCUGGGGAAGCAACCUUGCGUUCUCUGGAGGCAGCAGGGCUUGCAUCGGCUACCGCUUUUCUGUCAUCGAAAUGAAAGCCCUCGUGUUUGUCCUCGUUCGCGCUUUCCAGUUCGAGAUGGCGGUGCCUGUCGAGGACGUGAAAGUCAAAGCCGCGGCUAUACGUAGACCGUUCUUGGCAAGCGAGCGAGAAAAAGGGUCCCAGUUGCCUUUGUGGAUUUCGGCGAUCAAAGAGUGAAUGCGGAGAAUGCGGGGUACGGUGCCAAUCUGGUUGCAAGUCAUUGCUCGCCAAUUUAUUUAUUUUUCGCUUGGCUUGGUGUUUGUACUGUUCGGAGAUAUAGGGUGCCAAUAGGCCCUUUUUGUUGCAGGAAUCGUACUCAUACAGUAUGUGUGACC